AUGGAUAAGUCUUGGAUGGGAGCAUACAAAACAUCAGAAACCUAUGUAAAAGGUGUUGCAGAAUUUAUCAAAUAUGCAGUGCGCAAUUACAAGAUUUCUAAACAUAUGGAUCCUGCAGAUACCAAAAAAAAGAUAAGAAUUCCCUGUCCAUGUGUUAAGUGUGUAAACCACAUAUGUCAUUCGGUGGAUGUGGUAGAUGAUCAUCUAUUCAGGAAUGGAAUUGAUCAAACAUACACAAAUUGGAAUAAGCAUGGAGAAACAGAAGAACCACCAAGAAGUUAUGUAUAUGAACAUAAUUUUGACAUGGAUACGUCAAACGUUGUAGAUUCCACGAACAUGAACACAGAAACGCCAACAGAUGCUGCAGAAACUAUAGAGAUGGUUGAAGCUGUAGAAGAAAAUUUUAUUGGGAACCCUGAUAAGUUUAGAGAAAUGAUAGAGGAUGCCGAAAAGCCCCUAUACACAGGGCGUCUUAAUUUCACAAAGUUAUCUGCAAUCAUUCAACUACUCAACUUGAAGAAAGGAAACGAAAUGUACAGUGGUACGUAUGAGGCAAAAAAAGCAUUUAAGGCAAUGGGUUCAGGGUAUACUAAGAUACAUGCUUGUGUCAACAAUUGUAUACUUUACAGAAAAGAAUACACAGAUUUGGUAGCAUGUCCUACUUGUGGUAAAUCAAGAUGGAAGGUUGAUGAACAAAAAAAUAAAAUUUACAACAAUAUUCCUGCAAAAUGUUUGUGGUACUUUCCAAUUAUUCCGUGCUUCAAGCGUCUUUUCCAGUCUAAGACAACUGCAAAAGAUUUAACAUGGCACACAACAGAAAGAAUGGUGGAUGUUGGAGUUUUAAGUCACCCAGCUGAUUCACCAGCAUGGGCUGCCAUUGAUGACAAAUAUCCUGAUUUUGCUAGCGAACCAAGGAAUUUGCGACUAGGCAUUUCGGCGGACGGGGUUGAUGUGAACAGAGGAAAUAGGAGUCAUAGUGUUUGGCCUAUUUUAACUGUCAUUUACAACCUUCCACCAUGGUUGUGUAUGAAGAGAAAGUUCAUCAUGCUUUCGUUAUUGAUUUCGGGAACACCAGGAAACGAUAUUGAUGUGUUCCUAGCACCUUUUAUUGAAGAUCUGCAAUUAUUAUUUGAUUUUGGAGUUGAAACAUACGAUGCAUAUGCACAAGAGCAUUUUAAACUACGCGCAGUUGUGUUAUGGACUAUUAAUGAUUAUCCUGCUUUAGGUACAUUAAGUGGUUGCCCGUACAGCGGUUUUCAAGGUUGUGUUGUGUAUGGUGAAGAGACACACUACAUUAGACUCCCUGAAUCGAAUAAGCAGAGUUAUGCUGGUCAUAGAAGAUUUCUACCGUAUGAUCACCCGUUCAGAAGACAAAAGAAGGCAUUCAAUGGACAACAAGAGUUCUCACCCUCUCCAGAACCUAUGAAUGGGGAGGAAAUAUAUAAUAGGGUUAAAUUUAUAAUUAAUAAAUGGGGAAAGGUUAAUAAGGGCAAGGAGGCAAAAAUCCAACAAGCAACAAGUGGAAGAGGUGGGAAUAUGAAUAAAAAAAAAAGAAAAUCACACCAAUUGGGUACUUCAGAUAUGGGCCAGCAAAAUAAUACAUAUUGGAAGAAAUUCAAUAUAUGCAAAGAAAUCAUAGUGGAUGAGCUCGAUAAGUUGCAAGAGGAGUUAUGUGUAACCUUAUGUCUUCUUGAGAAACACUUUCCACCAUCAUUUUUUGAUGUGAUGAUUCAUUUAACCGUUCAUCUCACUAGGGAAGUAAAAUUACGCGGUCCAAUAUUCUUUAGAUGGAUGUACCUAUUCGAAAGGUAUAUGAAGGUUAUUAAGGGGCACGUGCGAAACAAAAAUAGACCAGAAGGAUGCAUUGCUGAAGAGAAUGUUGUAGAAGAGACAAUUGAGUUUUUUAGUCAAUUCGUUAAAAGGAUGGAUAUUGUUGGUAUUCCACCUGACAAUCAUAACAAUUGUGGAAUUCAUAAAGGUGUACAUAGUAGUUCUAUUACGGACGGUACUCCUGUAUCAGCUGCUAAAUCGGUAGAAGUUUCUGCAAAACUAUUCAGCAAAGCACAUUUCUUUGUAUUGCAAAAUACAUCUGAAGUACUCCCAUAUAUCAAGCGACACAUGGAAUUUUUGGAACAUCUACACCCUACUAAACGAUAG